UGUUGAAGUUGAAUCGUUUUCCAUUUGGUGGCAAAGUGAAUAUAAUUGUUUUAACUAAUAACCCGUUAUAAACUUCUAAGUUAAACUAGUUUUUGUGUUGUAUUUAUUGUACUGGUGUUGUCGCUUCUGAAUAAGAGUACGGUAGGCUAAUUGAUUCAUCAAGCAAUGGAGGAAGACAAAACAGACUGUUCAACGUUCUCAGUUCCUGGUGCAAUGUCUGAUAUGACUAUAUUGAGCACACCUUUGCCUCAAGCUGCCUCCACUGCGACCAAAAGUCGCUCUUUGAUUGGAGAUGAUGACUUAUGCCAACAAGCAAGAGACUUUUAUGCAGAAGUUGAGGCGUUUUGUAACCCAAGUUCCUCUGGUGGUUUAAGCGCAACCCAGAAACAGGAAUUGAUGCAAAUAAGCGAGAAACACAUGAAGACAGAUCCUGGACAGGCGUUGAAGCUGACUGAUGAAGGAUUUAACAGUAACAACAUAUUUAGAGUGCCUACUGUUCCAAAUUUGAGCAAGAACAACAAAGCAAUCACCUUAAAACAAACUGAUUCAAAAACGAAGAAAAGGAAUAUUCCCAGAAGCUCAGAUUCUAAUGUGGCAAAUAAAUCAUCUUUAAAAUUGCUGAGCACACAACACACUGUAACUAGUCCUGGAAAAGAACUUGUUACAGACAAUAAAAAUAUCAAAUCACCAAAACAAUGUAGUACACCUACUGUGACUCCAAGUACAAGAAAAGUCCAUAGUUAUUUGGAUGACACUCCUGCAAAGUUGCCUGCCAAGUACCAAAGUACUAAAGACCUGACUUCCAUUGGGGAUGAGAGGAUGAGCAUUGCUAGCUCUGCCAAUUCCUCAUUAGGAGUUAUACCUUCAGAGUUGCUGUGUGAUGCACAAAGAGAACCUCUAGUCGACAUCAACCAGGACCUAAGUAUCAGGCUGGCAGAGAAGCUCAACCUAAAUACAAGCUUGCUCAAGGAUGGCUUGGAUAUCAGUGCACUAGCAAGUGAACGUUACAGAGAGAAACUGGCAGCGAAAUACGAAUCUAAAGAGAACCAACAUAGUGGUCGAAUCAGCAGCGAUUAUUGGACUCUGCAUGGAUACUCAUCUGAUAACUGCGAUAGUAAGAACAAUACAGCAAAGAGAUUGUCCUCCCUCAGUUCUAAAUCAGACGGAGAGACUGACCUCAACAAGUCAAGAUCCUCUUCCAGACGUUCACUGAAGCCUUUGAGUGAAAUAAACUCAAACAGCACAAGUCCUCGGCUUACUUCAAACUCGAGGUCAGAAAGAUUCAGCUUGGGGUCCAACCCGUUUGGAAGCUACACCAACGUCAGUGUGAACAGUGAAGACUUCCAGUUCACAGAGGAUGCGAGUCAGAGAUUGAACAGAGAUGAGAGACAGUUCUCCAUAGCUAGUGCACGCUCUCUCUCGGGGAUAUAUGGAGACGCUAACACCUCUGUGAAUGUUGGGGGAGAGAAGCUUUCAAUAAGUGGUUUUCUGCGUAGUGGCAGUGGACCACUGGGAAGUCUGGGGACUGGGGAUGGUGUCGGAGACUCACAAAGGCCCCAGUUUGGAAUGAUCUCUACGAGCCCGGAGAAAACAGGAAAACCGAGGCCCAUCAUGCCUCCCCCUGACGACAAGUCUACGUUCAUAGUUGACGAGGAGCCUGUGAGAGAUACGCCCUGGCUGCCACACUCCCUAGUAGAGCAGUACUCCAACAUACACGGAGAUGAAGCGGACACUUCAGUACCGAGCCUUUCAUACAUCGGAGAGUUGCUGGAGAAGCUACAACAUGGAGCCAAUCACAAGGAGGUGCUUGAUCAACUUAUGGGUUCACAGACUAAGGCCCAGACCAAACCUAAUGAGUCUAUAAAACCAAAACCUAACAGGAUUUCAUCUAUAGUUGAGGGGGAUAAUAGCUUCUGCCAAGGAGUUGAAGGGAACCUUAGCUUUUCCACAAGAGACAAUUCUGCUCUACAAUACUCCAACUUUGACACUCCAAUGAAUGAAUCGGGGGCAAUGUCUGUCUGCAACGUUACUGAUUUCGAGGGGGAUGAAGAUGCCUGUGUAUGUGUGAUGACUCCGCAGUCAAUGGACUUUGAUGUGUUCAACGAACUCUCUCACCCGGCGGAGUAUAGUUUCAGCAAGGCAUGUUACGUGGAUGGCCAGAGGAAGGACUCAGCAGCUUAUGUUCAUUUUCCCGUUCCUAAAAUGAUCCUAUACCCUGGCCAGAGAAAGACUCUAACUAUUAAUAUAGCAGCUUUGAUCGGAGGAGUUAUAAAAAUAAAGAUUGAAGUCACAAGAAAAAAUCCACUGACUCAAGCAAGAGAAUGCAGUAACGUAUUUGGGAAAAUUAUAGCGGAGAUUCCAAAGGUGUCUCUGUUGACCAAACACAAAGGUGAAAUGAUACCAAACCCUGAAUGUCAACAUAACGGCAAAUAUCAACAUACAAUCGUGAUGAAGAAUGAGGGCCGUUCUACAGUACCCUUGAAGCUUACGGUAACUAAGGUGACCCACGAGGAAGUUCUGUUCCAUUUUGGAGGGAGAGAGAAGCAGACAGUGACAGUGAUGGUGGAUCCAGGUCAGAUAGUCAGACAACCUGUGCUGUGUGAGAUCCCUCCCAUCUUUGCCCAUCUUGAACCUGCAGAUACCAUCAUUCCUGUAGAGGGUACAGUAGAGUUUCUUCUGGCCACUACUGACUUGUACCAGCUGAACCCUGUGGCACCUGUGACUUUGGUUGCGACUCUCAGGCCCUACUUCUUCGGUGCUCCAGCCACCCUGGCCGUACCCUCGGACUUGCCUCUGUACAACAACAGUGAUCAGCCAGUGGUGCUCAGAACUUCUUCUGCGUUUGGUUACACUGUGCAACCUUCCUCUUUUACCGUCCCGUCCAACCAGACUUUUGUUGUGCAUGUUGACACGGCAGAAACGAGAAACCCACUCAGAUGUGGAGAACUAACUCUACACACUGUCUUUCCUCCGGACAUGCAGUCUCACUUUACCAUCAAGCUACAAGAAGACCGACGCACCUCUCACUCAUCAAAUAACAGUCUGGCCACUCCCCACAGCUCGAGAGCCGCUUCUCCAACAUCCCCUGGCAGCAGCAGCAGCCUUGCUACGCCAGUUGGUGAGCUGAAGGUAGCUUGUAGCCACAAACAGCUGGUGUGGGGAGGUUGUCAUUUACAUCAAAAAGUGUUCAAAACAUUUUGCAUCAAGAACAUGGGCCGUCACCGUGAGAAGCUGCGACUGACUGUCAUGGACAAUGCCAAGUGUUUUAAGAUUGUAAGUGAUGAAGAAACCCUGCAGUCGGAGAUCAAAUUAAGUCUGCAGCCAAUGGACAACAGGGAGAUCAAGUUGGCAGUGUUGGCUACAGUACAAGGUCCACUGUGGGGACAUCUCACUAUCAGUAGAAUCUGCAGAGCUGUGGACAAGAAUGUGCUCCCCCUGUAUGCUUUUGGGGGAAAGCCGACAGUGAACAUAUCUCAAGGGGUGUUUGAGGUUGAUUCUCGUCAGUAUCUCUUUCUUGAUGAAAAGUCACUAGAAAGCUCAAUUGCCUUGUCAAACAGUGGCGAUAGCUCUGCUUUCUUCAGAAUCACUGAAGCCACCUUUAAAUCCUCAGCUGGUCUGUCCAUCUGUCCCCAGGAGGGUGUGUUACAAGCUGGCCAGACGGCUACCAUCCGUGUUGGCCUUCUAGUCACUGCUCAGCGGCUAGAGUACCUACUGAGACAGACCACAAGAUCAGUGAGUGUGGCACAGCUGAGUAUCCACCUGGGAGAUGAGAGUACCAGACAGAGACUGCUGCGUACCAGAGGUCUCUAUGGCGUGUUGUCUACUAGAGUCUCCCAACUGUCUUGUAUCCCCUCUAAGCCCAUCCCAGACCUGGACAAACUUGAUGUGUCUGCGACUGGUGCUGAGGAUUUGUGGGAAGAGGACACCAAUGAAUGGGCAGUUGGGGUCCUAAUAAACAGGAAGGCAUUAGAAGCAUUGCGUCUGGACACGUCAGUGGACUUUGUGGAUUUGUCCACAACCAUGUCCAAGCACUGAAGUUGUUCACACCUACUUACUUACUGAUGGGGCGUCACAAAUCUCAGUUGAUUUUUUGCCUCUUAGAUUAGCCGCCUCCACUCUUCUCUAUCCUCCGCCAUCCGGAUUUCUCUUCUGCAUUAAAUCACAUCAUUUUUGUCUUCAUACCAUCUUAGUUAAUGCCUACCCAACAGACGUCUUCGUGUAGGUACGGCCUCACAAACCUCCUUCAGUCUUGUGCCAUCCUGUCUCCGAAGUACAUGACCUAGCCUAAUUCUUUUGGCUUCUAUAAUCGAUAUUACGUCACGCUCUUUAUAUAUGGCACGCAGCUCUCUAUUUUUCCUUAUGCGCCAAACUCCUUCUUCAUAAAUUGGGCCGAAUAUUUUACUAAGUACCUUAUUUUCAAACACCGUCAAACGUCCUUUAUUUCUUUUGGAGAGGACCCAUGUUUCACUUCCAUACAGUAACAUUGGCUGUAUAACGGGUCUUGUAUAUUCUUAAUUUUGAGCAUCUUGGUAAAAGUUUGGAUGACAAAAGUUUUGUACAGGCCCCAAGGCUCUUAUUGGCAUUUGCUAGUUUACUUUGUAUCUCCAGAUCUUCCGAAUUUGAACUAUUGACGGUAACUCCUAAAUAUUUAAAGAUCUCCAGUCAAUUAAUUGAAUAGUUGGCAAUGUUGAAACUUACAUCUCUAUUGUUAGCGUAUCGGCCAAAAUGUUCACACCUAAUAGUUUUUUUUUUACAAGUUUAAGAAAUGACUGAAUAUUUUGCACGUUAGUGUUACUGUUAGUUUUUUAAAAUGUAUAUAAAAUGUUAUUUAAUUCUAUUUCAUAAUACCUUUUCCCUAAGUAAGUUUUAAAAGUU